CUUUCUUCUAACUAUUCUUCUUCUCGCCAAUUUUACAUUCUUUCCUUCCCCCCCCUUAAUCCCCCGCCCAAAUUGUCCAACCUAAAAAGUAGUACUUACCAACAACCACUACUGGCUGGCACUUCAAUCAUUUUUUUUAAACCCUACUCUCCUCCUUCCCCCUUUCCUCCCCCCGCGAACCAUCCGAACUCUCCCCCGAUUCUUCAACACCUUGUUCCGCAUACCACCCUUAUAAUAUUGUAUUAUCACCCGCUCAAAUCCGGGCACCAUGGAUAUCGCCCUCGAAAUCUGGGACACCUUCAUUGGUGAUCGCCUCUACGCCUCUCUUCUCCCUCUAUCUCUUGCCUCAUCCGCCUCGCUCCCCGGCUUCACUACCGUCACCAACAGCACCCUGUCGUUCUUUGGCGCAACCCAGCCCUUUGUCUACGAACCGGCUACUCAAUUGAUUUACUUGGAGCCUUCCAAGUUUGCCUAUUUGAGCGCCUGGCCAAGGAACAAUAUUUAUCGUCAGUUCCUUUCUUUCUUCUUGAUCGUCUGGAUUUUCGGUAUUAUCGUCUACUUCAUUUCCGCAAGCCUUUCCUACAUCUUCAUCUGGGAUAAGACCACCGUUCACCACCCUAAGUACCUCAAGAACCAAAUCCCUAUGGAAAUCGCCCAGACUAUGCGCUCAAUGCCGGUUAUGUCCUUGUUGACUGCCCCUUUUCUGGUUGCCGAAGUCCGUGGCUACGCCAAGCUCUAUGAUACCUUCUCCGAAGAGCCAUUCCCCUACUACAGUAUCUUGCAAUUCCCGCUAUUCAUCAUGUUCACCGACCUCUGCAUCUACUGGAUUCACCGCGGCCUGCACCACCCGCUUAUUUAUAAGACCUUGCACAAGCCUCACCACAAGUGGAUUAUGCCUAGUCCCUUCGCCUCCCACGCCUUUCACCCGCUUGAUGGCUGGUCGCAGAGUGUUCCCUACCACGUAUUCCCGUUCAUCUUCCCACUUCAGAAGCUGGCCUACGUCUUCCUCUUCGGGUUCAUCAACCUCUGGACCGUGCUGAUUCACGACGGCGAGUACGUUGCCAACAGCCCAGUGAUCAACGGAGCGGCCUGCCACACCAUGCACCACCUGUACUUCAACUACAAUUAUGGCCAGUUCACAACCCUCUGGGAUCGUCUGGGCGGUAGCUACCGCAAGCCCAACGAGGAGCUCUUCCGCCGCGACACAAAGAAUGGCGAGGAGGAGUGGAAGCGACAGACCAAGGAGAUGGAAACCAUUCUCAAGGAUGUCGAAGGCGACGAUGAUCGGGCGUACCUGGCUGAUUCUCAGACCAAGAAGAACCUGUGAAUAUGGGGAUCAUGACCAGUCAAUACGGGAUCUGUUCUCAACCUCACAGGUCCAUGGAGAUUAUCUCUGUUUCCCGGGCCCAGACUUCACAUAACGAGUUCAUGGCUUCCCCCUAUUUUUCGACCUUCUCACGCUACGCCGCCCUGACUACGUCUUGUAUAACACGGACCCUAGUAUAUUAAUUGUUUCAGCCCCCUUUAUAGACGUGUAUAUUAAUUCAACCUCGAGUCACUGGUUAUGCCCCUGCUUGUGAAGGAACACCGGAAUCGUACCGGCCAGUUGUCUGUUUGGUUCGUUUAUUUCUUGUUUUCUUUUUGCUUUGUACAUAUAUAUGAUCGAUCAACGGAAAGGGGAGCGGAGAUUUCAACAUUACAUUUUAAUCUAAAAAUUCAC